UGUAGGAGGGAAUUGGCAAUCUCGCUGCCUACGUGGGAGAGAAGGGAGGGUUGGGGGAAGUGUGGAAAACCUGAACCCAAGCCGCUGCUGCCUGAGGAAGAUUUGGUGGGAGGAGAAGUAGAGGGAAAUAGACGGGUGGAGGGGGAGGUGAGGAGGGCAUCUGGGUCACUGCUGCCGGGCGGCACAAAGUUCGCGAUGUGGCUGAAGCCUGAGGAAGUGCUCCUGAAAAAUGCGCUGAAGCUGUGGCUGAUGGAAAGGUCCAACGACUACUUCGUGCUGCAGCGGCGUCGGGGCUACGGUGAGGAAGGCGGAGGGGGUCUUACAGGGCUUCUGGUUGGGACUCUUGAUUCAGUUUUAGACUCUACUGCUAAAGUUGCUCCAUUUCGCAUCCUACACCAGACACCAGAUUCUCAAGUUUACCUGUCAAUUGCAUGUGGAGCCAACAGAGAAGAAAUAACCAAACAUUGGGAUUGGUUGGAACAAAAUAUCAUGAAGACCUUAUCUGUGUUUGAUUCAAAUGAAGAUAUUACUAAUUUUGUACAAGGAAAGAUAAGAGGAUUGAUUGCUGAAGAGGGAAAACAUUCUUUUGCAAAAGAAGAUGAUCCUGAGAAAUUUCGAGAAGCCCUUUUGAAAUUUGAAAAAUGUUUUGGUUUACCAGAGCAGGAGAAGUUAGUGACAUAUUACUCAUGCAGUUAUUGGAAAGGACGGGUUCCUUGUCAGGGAUGGCUCUAUCUUAGCACCAACUUUCUGAGCUUCUAUUCUUUUUUGUUGGGAUCAGAAAUAAAACUCAUUAUAUCCUGGGAUGCAGUCUCAAAACUUGAAAAGACUUCAAAUGUUAUACUAACAGAGAGUAUUCAUGUGUGUUCCCAAGGGGAGAAUCACUACUUUUCAAUGUUUUUGCAUAUUAAUGAAACAUACCUUCUUAUGGAACAGCUGGCAAACUAUGCUAUAAAGAGACUUUUUGAUAAGGAAACAUUUGCUAAUGACCCAAUCCUUGAUGAUCCUCUACAAAUCACCAAGAGAGGUCUGGAAAAUCGAGCCCACAGUGAGCAGUUCAAUGCUUUUUUUAGGCUCCCCAAAGAAGAGACUUUGAAAGAAGUACAUGAAUGUUUCUUAUGGGUACCAUUCAGCCACUUUAACACUCAUGGAAAAAUGUGCAUCUCAGAAAACUAUAUCUGCUUUGCUAGCCAGGAUGGCAAUCUAUGUUGUGUAAUCAUUCCAUUACGAGAGGUCUUAGCUAUAGAUAAGACAAAUGAUUCCAGCAAAUCUGUCAUCAUUAGCAUCAAAGGAAAAACAGCUUUUCGCUUCAGUGAAGUUAAAGACUUUGAGCAGCUGGUGGCAAAACUCAGACUCAAGUAUGGGGCAGCUUCAACUCAGUAUCACGAUGUUAGCACAGAGAUUCCUAUUAGUUCUGAUUCUACAGACCCAUCUGAUAAUACUGAAGUACGAUCUUUGACAUGUCAGAGAGAAUGCAGUAAAACUGUGAACACCGAAGCCUUAAUGACAGUAUUUCACCCUCAGAAUUUGGAGACUCUUAAUUCCAAAAUGUUGAAAGAAAAGAUGAAGGAACAGUCAUGGGACAUCCUAUUUGCAGAAUGUGGGCGUGGUAUUAGCAUGUUUCGGACCAAAAAGACUCGAGAUCUGGUUGUAAGAGGGAUUCCAGAGACCUUAAGAGGAGAGCUCUGGAUGCUUUUUUCAGGUGCUGUUAAUGACAUGGCUGCUAAUCCUGGCUAUUAUGCUGAAGUGGUUGAGCAGUCCUUAGGGACCUGCAACUUGGCUACUGAAGAAAUUGAACGUGAUUUGCGUCGCUCCCUGCCUGAACACCCAGCCUUUCAGAGUGACACUGGCAUAUCUGCUCUGAGGCGGGUACUCACUGCUUAUGCAUAUAGGAAUCCCAAAAUUGGAUACUGCCAGGCAAUGAACAUCUUAACUUCAGUGCUGCUUCUGUAUGCAAAAGAGGAAGAAGCUUUUUGGCUUCUGGUUGCUGUGUGUGAACGAAUGUUGCCUGAUUAUUUUAACCGUCGAAUCAUUGGUGCCUUGGUGGAUCAGGCAGUCUUCGAAGAACUUAUCAGGGAUCACCUUCCCCAGCUGACAGAACACAUGACUGAUAUGACAUUCUUUUCCUCAGUUUCUCUCUCAUGGUUCCUCACACUUUUUAUUAGUGUGCUGCCAAUUGAAAGUGCAGUGAAUGUGGUGGACUGUUUCUUCUAUGAUGGAAUAAAAGCCAUUUUACAGCUGGGAUUGGCAAUACUUGACUAUAAUUUGGACAAACUACUCACAUGUAAAGAUGAUGCUGAAGCCGUGACAGCUUUAAACAGGUUCUUUGACAAUGUCAUUAAUAAGGAUAGCCCAUUACCUUCAAGUGUUCAGCAGGGUUCAAACGUGAGUGAUGAAAAAAGCAGUCAUAUUAGAGUGGAUAUUACAGAUUUGAUUAGAGAGUCAAAUGAGAAAUAUGGUAAUAUUCGCUAUGAAGAUAUACACAGCAUGCGCUGUCGAAAUAGGUUAUAUGUCAUACAGACCCUAGAGGAAACGACAAAGCAGAAUGUGUUGCGUGUUGUAUCACAAGAUGUGAAAUUGAGCCUUCAUGAAUUGGAUGAACUUUAUGUCAUCUUUAAGAAAGAGCUGUUUUUUUCUUAUUAUUGGUGCUUGAGUUGUCCAGUCCUGAAGUACCAUGACCCCAGUCUGCCAUAUUUGGAACAGUAUCAGAUUGACUGCCAGCAGUUCAGAGCGUUAUAUCACUUGUUGAGUCCCUGGGCUCAUUCUGCAAACAAAGACUCACUAGCCUUAUGGACAUUCAGAUUGUUGGAUGAAAACUCUGACUGCCUUAUAAACUUCAAAGAAUUCUCCUCUGCAAUUGAUAUAAUGUACAAUGGAAAUUUCACUGAGAAGCUUAAGCUGCUUUUUAAGCUGCAUAUUCCUCCAGCUUAUACUGAAGUGAAAUCUAAGGACCCUUCAAAAGGAGAUGAACUUUCCAAGGAAGAAUUACUUUAUUUCAGUCAGCUCCAUGUUUCUAAGCCUACAAAUGUGAAGGAAGCAGAAUCACUAAAAAACAGCCCUGAAAAAGGCAAAGGAAAAGUUGAUAUUCAAGCAUAUCUAAGUCAAUGGCAAGAUGAGCUUUCCAAAAAAGAAGAAAACAUUAAGGAUUUACCAAGAAUGAAUCAGUCACAAUUCAUUCAGUUUUCAAAGACCCUAUAUAACUUAUUUCAUGGGGACCCUGAAGAAGAGUCAUUAUAUCAAGCCAUUGCUGUUGUAACCAGCCUUUUGCUCAGGAUGGAAGAAGUUGGAAGGAAACUACAUAGCCCUACAGCAUCAGCCAAAGAAUUCUCUGGUACAGUCUGUGCUUCUGGAGGACCCAGUGAGGGGAAAACAGAGAGCCACUUGAAGAAAGAUCCCUCCUCUCUGAGGGAAGAACCUCAGUGGUCAUUUGCAUUUGAACAGAUUCUUGCGUCUUUGUUGAAUGAACCAGCAUUGGUGAGGUUUUUUGAGAAACCCAUAGAUGUAAAAGUGAAACUAGAAAAUGCAAAAACCUCUCAGUUAAGCUGUAGAACCAAGAUGUAAAUCUCUUAACAGGAAUUGCCUAUUAUAGACAAGUUUACUAAGAUUCCUGUAGCUGUCAGUUUGAUUCUUGGGAAUAGGGAUCAGGGAUUUAUCUUGUUACCAAUGUGCUUGAAGGUUAAAAAAAAAAAGAUAUGUGGAAGCACAAUAAUUCAUUGCUUUGUGGUAAUCUCUGAUUUUGAUAUUCUUCAUUACAAAUGAACUUUUUAUAG